AUGACUGAACUUAAAAUCCUUAUUUGUGGCGCCGGCAUUGCUGGCAACGCCCUAGCCUACUGGCUGGCCCAACAGCGCCACCACGUCACAGUCAUGGAGCGACACCCCGACCUUAGAUCUACCGGCCUGCAGAUUGACAUCCGCGGACAUGGAAUCGAGGUCCUCAAGCGAAUGGGACUUGAGGCCGCCUUCCGCUCUAUGUCAGUCAAAGAGCAGGGACUGGAAUUCGUGAACAGCAGCGGAAAGGUUAUAGCGUACUUUCCUGCAAACACAACUGGCACAGGACUUCAGAGUUUCACCACCGAUUACGAGAUCAUGAGAGGAGACCUUAUUCGGCUUCUAUACGACAGAACUAAAGAUCGAGUGCGAUACGUAUUUGGUACUACUGUCGACAGUUUUGAGCAGCUGGACGAUUGCGUGGAAGUUCUGUUCUCAAACAGUGACAAGGGUCGCUACGACCUCAUCAUAGGCGCUGACGGGCAGUGGUCCCGUACUAGGAAGCAGAUGAUCGGACCUGAAGCUAAAGACCCUGUAAACUUUCUCGGGGUCUAUGUUGGCUACUUCACCUUUCCCCGCCCGAUCAAGAAGGGAGAAGCAUACAACGGAACUGGCUAUAUCGCUCCGGGCAAGCGGCUACUCUUCACCCGAAGACAUUCGACCAAUCGCGUCCAAGCGUAUCUUGUCGGCCUCAAUGAUUCCGAACGCCUAAUGGCUGCCCGUAAGGAUGGCGGCGUGGAAGAUGAAAAAGCUAUCUUCUCAGAGCUAUUCCGCUCCGCUGGGUGGCGGUCAGAGGAGCUGAUCGAGGAGAUGCAGAACUCACCCGACUUCUAUUGCGAGCACAUGGGUGUUGUCAGACUAGACACCUGGUUCAAUGGAAGAGUCGGACUCCUUGGUGAUGCAGCCUAUUGCCCAACAGCAACCACAGGAAUGGGCACGACUUCCAGCCUUGUCGGUGCCUACGUUCUGGCUGGCGAGAUCCAGAGACAUUGCAGCCGCUAUGAUUCAUCCAAGGAGAUAGUUCCUGAGGCUUUGCAUGCUUAUGAGGAGCGGUUCAGGCCUUUUAUGAAGACGGUUCAGGAUGGUAUCGAGAAAGAUAAGACCUACUGGCACAAGAUGCCAUCCGGCCCGAUUCUGCUUAUGGUUCUGAACAUGUUCCUCUCCAUUGCUUCUUUCUUUAGGUUGGAUGUACUUGCUAAGAAUAUUAUGAAGGAAGAAACAGGUGAUUGGAAACUUCCUGACUAUGAAGGCAUGGAUCUUCGGAAGAAGAAAGACUAA